UGGAGAACUACAAACAACAUUUAGGCAGAAUUUAGAAGAAACCUGUAUAAUCUCUGAUCAUGUCCAAUGUCAUUCUUCUCCUAGGAAUAUCAGUGCUAUUCCGAAUUCUGUACAUCCUGGGAAAUACCACAAAUAUGGACUACACACUGGCCCUGUUGUUUUCUCUGCUGCAAGUUUUAAGUGUGUGCACAGCUGCUCCUCUGCCAGCAGACGUUGUGACGAUGAAAUCUAAAGUAAAAUGGAUGGCUGAGCAGCUGGUUGUCAGACUGAACAAUAACUUUGAGGUCCCUCCUGGACUGACACUCAGUCCACCUGCUGAUGAUCUGGAUGGACCUUCCUCCAUAGUGACGGUCUUGGACGGUUAUAACAGCCUGAUCUCUGACACUUUUAACGGGGUCUCCCAGGUCAAGUUGGACAUCUCUUCGUUGACGGGUUACCUGGAUCAGUGGAGGCAGGGGCACUGCAGCGAGCAGCAGCCAAAGCCCUCUGUGCCCGGGCCGCUGCAAAAGCUUCAGAGUCGAAAGGAGUUCAUUCACACGGUGAGCAUCGAAGCUCUCAUGAGAGUGAAAGAGUUCCUCAAUCUGCUGCUGAAAAAUCUGGACCGUCUCAACACUUGCUGACUUUGGACCAAUAUUUAUAAGUUGUUGGCUUGAUUUUUGGACUGGCCAUGUUGGACUUCUGCAAUGUGUUUUGAAGGAAAUUUAUUCUUGAACAUGAGCUUAUUUAUACAUAUAUUUAUUUAUCUACUUUAUUAAGGAUAUAUGUAUUUUGUAACAAACAUUGUCUUUUCAUCAGCAUGCCUGCAGCCAAAGUAUAGCUUCCACAGGAAUGUUUGUAUGCAAACGGAUCUACGGCACGCUUUGGACACACAGAUAAAUCAGCUGCUUGUAGGUUUGUAUUUUGACACCACUGUUGUGUCAACAAAGAACCCACCGAGUGAAAAAUAUGAAUCUAAGCAUUAAUUCAGACCUGAAGCUGAAUCAGCAGAAUAAGGAAGCAUCACAGUGGACAGUGAUAUCACGUCUGGAAAUUCCUGAAAAAAAGGAGGAAACUUGCCAGGAAUAACAGAUGUGUUUGUAUGAGAACUAGAUGGACAGGAAGGGUAAAGGGCGACUUCAAUUUCAGUGCAAUACCAGGAGCU